UUUUCGAUAUGUUCCACAUUAUGGGAUAAUUAUGCAUACUUCCAAACUACUAACUGGUCAGCGGUCCACAACUUCAAAGCCAUUCAAAUGCAAAUUACAGUACAGUAUAUAUUCCCAGGUGAGAACAUCAAAGUCAGUUCUUCCUUUCGUGCUUCAGGUCACAAGUAGUCAGUACGAUAAGUUUAUACGGUUUUUUCGUCGCUGUUGAAGUGAAAGCUCCACGUGGCCAUGUCAGAUACCGAACCUUCCACGGAGGUUAGCGGGCUUCCAAUUGAAGCGGAGCGUUUCGAAGACACCUACGAGGAAAAUAUCGAUGAAUUAAGGGAUCAACUGGGCCUAGGAGGCAUUGAGCACACGCUUAGAGCGAUGAACGAAAAGAUUGCUAACCUAGAAGCUGUAGCUUCGAACAGAAAUCCCGAACCGGGAGUUAAUUCUGUUAAUUCGCCUCCAGCGUCAAUGUUCGACCCAACUGAGGAUUUGUCGGGCGUAAACGUGCCGUCUACAGAACCAAAUGCUAAAACGCUUGAAUCAAGCGAAUUUUUGCCCUCAAUUUUUGAGGAGACAGAGACCUUUGGUCCAGAAGUGUCCGAGGUCGUUGCAAAGAGGAUAAACGACUCUGUUUCAAAGAAACCACUUGAAACUAAAUUCAAGGAAAUUCAAGACAAGUACAAGACGCCACAAAACUGCCGUUUGCUGUGUGUUCCCAAGGUUAACCUUGAACUAUGGCAUGAUUUGCCUCGAAACACCAAAACAAAAGACCUAGGGCUGCAGGAAAUCCAAAAGAACUUGGUUAAAGCUGCACAGCCCAUGGUUCAACUGUUGGACUCGGUUUUGAAAAACCAGAGCGAGAAAAAGCCCAUUGAAAUGGCGACUGUUAUUCCACUCGUAGCGGAUGCAGUAACAUUGUUGGGCCACGCAUCUUAUUUGACUUCCCUUAAAAGGCGAGAAUUCUUAAAACCUGACAUUGCUCAGGCGUACCAGUCGGUAUGCAGCAAAAGUAACCCCAUGUCAACAUAUUUGUUUGGCGAUGAGCUGCCAAAGCAUAUUAAAGAGAUAAGUGAGGUCAACAAGAUUGCAAAGAAAACCAUGUCUCGCACUCAUGGGCAUGCUUCAUCAAGACGCAGUGGUUAUCAUAAUGACUAUAAGAGCAAUAGCGCUCAUGGGCGAUACAGUCAACGUGGUGGACGCAGGCAUUUUUUAGGAUAUGGAAACAAGGCAGCCUACGCAGAAAGAAGGCAGCCAACGCAUCAGUCCACCACGAACACCAAAGUGUACAGGGACACAACAAAAGACAAAGCUUAAGUGAGGUAAUUCAUUUACCUGAUAACACCAGCUAUUAUGCUGGAAAUUUAAUGAAUUAUAUGUCAAACUGGCGUCAUCUCACCAGUGACCCUUGGGUUCUGGAAACCAUAGCAGGAUACCAUUUAGAGUUUGAGAGCACACCGGUACAACUGUGUUUACCAACACCUCCUCCAUUUAAUAAAUGUGAAAUGAAUUUAAUUGAUGAAGAAGUUGUGAAACUUCUUGGGAAAGGAGCAAUUGAAUAUGUUUUCCCCUGUAAAGAGGAGUUUGUUUCCAACAUAUUCUUAGUCCCCAAGAAAACUGGUGAUAUGAGGCCAGUUAUUAAUUUAAAACCAUUGAAUCAAUUCAUGCAGAAAAUUCAUUUUAAAAUGGAAAAUAUUCAAAUGGCAUUGAAUUUUAUUUCCCAGGGGGACUAUAUGAUCUCAAUAGACCUCAAGGAUGCUUAUUUUAGUGUUCCAAUCUUUGGACCGCAUCGAAAGUAUUUGCGCUUUAUUUGGAGAGAACAGAGAUAUCAGUUUACAUGUUUACCUUUUGGGUAUAGUUUGGCACCCAGAGUGUUUACGAAAGUUUUGAAACCGGUUGUGUCACAUUUGCGACUCAAUGGUCUUAGAAUAGUCAUCUUUCUUGAUGACAUAUUAUU